GGCGACGGACAAGGGGGGAUAAACGUUAGUUCUGGAGGAGGUGCUGUUACAGUUCCUCUUCCUUUAUGGAUUGCAAAAAUGUCUGGGUCUGGAAGAUUGGAACUUGUGAUGCUGUCUCUGCAUUCUGAAAAAAUCUGUAUUGCAUGACCAGCAAAAGGGGUUCAUUUUGUGCUACAUGGAGAGGGUAUUUCUCAUGCGGGAUAGGCAUCAGAAAGCCCGCUCAAGAUCUGUGAUGCCAGGUAGCGCAUUACAGACCUCAUGUGUCAUGUAAAAUCUGCAUGACAAAUUCGGCACUCUUCCAGACCGAGACAUUUUUACAAUCCAUAUCCUUGUCAGAAUUACACAGCGGACCGGAUUUUCCAGAUUGUCGAGCGGUACGACAUGGCGUUGUAUUCGCUGUACGCAAAUUGCGAGUACGUUUUGAUUAUCCUGUGCAAAAGUAUCGUAUUCGUAUUGCAAUUAUGCAUGACAAAUCUUGUCCUGAAGGUCAAACAGCAUGACAAAUUCCAUUUGUCAUUCUGAGGAAAUUUGUAACGUAAUUACUACUAGUACGAUGCGCUUUUGCCAUUCAUAUUGAAUGAACAGUCCAAGAAUUUCGAGCAGAUUCAGCUUUUCCAGCAGGAGAAGAACAGCAAGUGCUUCAUCAGUCGGGACAAGCAUGACAAACUCGUGAAAAAAUUGGAAAAGAGACUCCAGGACGAGAAGAUUACGAUUAAGCAACUGGAAGAAAAAAUCGAAUCUUUCCGGCGCUUAUCCACAGCGAAAAAAGUAUUAAGUAUCUUCGUACUAGUAGGUGUAGCAGAAAUGGUGCAUGACAGAUCUGCGCUUCGCAAACUAGACCAGCAUGACAGACUCUUUUUUUUGUUUUUCAUUCUGAGCAGGAAACUUGUGAUGCAGUUUCUACUACCAGUAAAGUGCGAUCAUGCUUUUGCACUGCAUACCGUUGCAUUUACAAAUUUCCUCAGCAUGAGAAAUGAAAUUUGUAAUGCGGAUCUCCCUUGACAAAGAAAUUUGUAAUGCAAGACUCGCAUAUGUACGAGUACGAUGCUUUUACACUGCAUACCGUUGCCAAUCGUUUUCCGGACGGAUGGUGUCGACGGCUGGUAGUAGUUUGAGCCAGCAGCAUAUGCAUGGAGGAAAGUGUUUCAGGUACACAUAAUUGUCGUGUUGCAUGGCACGCAAGACAGACAACCUCUGUCAUGCCGGAAAUACUUGCAACCCUCGUUUCAUGCGUCAUUUCCCAUCCCCCCCGUGCAAGCUCUGCAUUGCAACUUUUCAUUUUCUCUGCAGCCAUUGCCAUGCAGAGUGAGUUUGUCUUGCUGAAGUUCCACUAAUAUAAGUGGGCAAUUGUGACACUUUUUUCUUUGCAUACAGCAACGGCGGAAAAGCUCAGUCUGCUCUACUGCGGCGAAUAACGGAGGUUCAUCUGCAACGGGAGCUCGCCAUCUUUAUCCUGUGUAGAAUCUUCUGAAUUAUGUCAACCAAAAUUUAUUAUAAUACCCCGCAGUUUGUUGAUAUCGUGAUACGUUCUCACUUUGAACAACCAAAAGGUGGUAAGCAUUUCUCUUCUAUUUUCUGCAUUACAAACUGACGCCAAGUUGUAAUGUGAGGUUGACGUGGAAAAGACCGAAGAUUCUACACAGCAUAUUCUCCGGCGAGAGUCCAGUGUGUCCAGCUGCACCAGUGUCAGUCGCGGCGGAAUUGCAGCUGGACAGCAGCACCAAACGCAAACCACCACCGGGCAAGAUCUACCGAUGAAUUCGCUUGCACCUAAGGAAAAGCAAGUAGACCCUCUACAACUAGUACACUCAGAUUCGCCAGGAAUCUCUGUUGCUGUCAUGCACGCGGAGGGUUCCGAUCCGGGCGGAUACGAGCCAGAACAGGUUCUACAACUUCCAGCCGACCCAAAUUUUCACGGCGUCUUCGCUAGUACAACUGCUACGGGAGCUAUGCAAGAAAAAAACUGUGUAAGUGUAGAUCUGUGAUGCAGAAAAUGCAAAACAGUUACACUUGUCAUGCUCGACAUGCAUGAUCGGCUCGCUUCCUAUGUGUUUUCCGUUCGUAUCUGCGCAUAACAAGUUUGACCUGUCAUGGCAGACAAACUUGUGAUGCUGUUUUCCCAAAAGACUUACACUAACACAGUUUUUUUCUUGGAUAGGAGCACCUGCUGCUGCUACUUUCAACCAAGUAGGUGGCCGCGAUGGUGAAGCUGCGGAACAAGCAGAUAGAGAACUGCUACUAGCCGAGCUGGAACAUCUGCGAAAAGAGGUCAAGGAGACGAAGCACCGAAAGUACAAUGCGGAGCAACAGCUUCGGGAACAGAAGAUCCAAAAGUAUGUAUUGCAAAAAUACCGUAUGCGUAUAAAUGCACGUCUUGCAUUAGAAAUCUUUUUCUUGAGGCAAAUCCGCAUUACAAAUUUCAUUUCUCAUGCUGAGGAAAUUUGUGAUGCAUUUAUACGAGUGCGAUGCGGUUGGAUUUCAUAAAAACGAGCAGCUGACCAUCGAGCUGACAACGGCAAACGAAUCCUUGAAAGCGAAGAUUGAGUCCCACUCGGUGAUCACGAAGAGAUUACGGGAGGAAAACUUCAAGUUGAAAACGAAGCUGGAAAAUGUAUCAAAUGCAAAUAUGCCUGGGUCUGGAUGUCAUGCUGUUUUUGCAUGACACAGAAGGGUUGUCACGGAAGCCCUAGCAUCACAGAUUUCGAGAAGUAGCUUCAGCAUUGCCUAUCUCGCAUGACAAAUCCCCCACUGUGGCGACAGGCUAUGGUCAUCUUCUACUGCCUAUGCAUGAGAGAUUUCCGUGUGUUGUGAAAUGCGCAUCACAAGUUCGCAGCUUUCCAGAUCCAGACGCAGACACUUUUGCAAGGCAUAAAAUGGUGGCAAGGGUAAUCCUAAUUUGCUGGCACUGGUUGAGGGAGUGGGAGGAGGAACAGGUUCAGGUCAAGGUCAAGCUCAUCAACAUCUUGGUCCUCCGAAUAAUUCCACCAACGAUCAUUUUCUAUUCCAGCGAGUUAUGAACAAAUCUUUUUCGUCCGCUUCCCUCCCUUCCCCGGGGACGGGGAAACAAGGGACCACAGGCGCUGGAAUUUUUACGUCUUUUGCGGGAGGGACCAAUGGGAAUGGUAGUAAAAUUCCGAAACCGGCGGGUUCGUCUGCUACGGGCCCCAUGAACUAUCCUGUGCAAAAGUAUCGUACUCGUAGUAAUCGCAGUUAUGCAUUACAAAUUUCCUCCUCAAGUUAAAUCCGCAUUUCAAAUUCUAUUUAUCAUGCUGGGGAAAUUUGUCAUGCGAUUUGUACUAGCGCGAUGCUUUUGCAUUUCAUAGGAACAACGGGAGAACGUUUUCGGAGCAGAUCCAGCAUUUACAGCAACAGCAGCAAGAACUAGACGCCCUUCGCUGGAACCACGAGCACGAUUAUGAUGGGACUCUACUUGACAACCAGGGUGGCGUUGUUGUGGAGCGUCACUCAUCUACUACUUCCAACGGUCAUCAGAACAACACAACGGCUGCAAGUGCAGCAUACUCUAAGACCAGCAGAGGCCACGGUCUUGUGACCAAGCGAAUUUCUCCCAGGCACGUUUACCACGCAAAAAAUGAUGACGAAAAAACGUCUGGUGCUGUGGCAAAAACGCACAGAAACCACCAGCAGAACGACGCCGCCAGGAGCUCGACCCACUUGCAGCAACACGACAAACCCGGCUCUCUUCAUCAAAACGAUGAGACCGAAAGCGAAAUGCAGAGGAACAGCAUUACCCCCUGUCCGCGCCCGAGACUGACGCCACCGGAGCCCUCGUACUUGGAGGAGGAAAUGCAAGUCGAGGGAGACGCAAACGCGCAUGAGCAAAACGAACGCAACUAUGGAGAAGAAAACAUAAACAACUUGAUGACGCUUCGGUCCCCCGAGCAGGAGGGGGAUGAAUUUUCCGAGCACCAAAUCGUCUCUCCACCGGCCGCACCACGUGGGGCUGCUACUGGUGUUGACAAACGGGGAGUGGUAGCCGCGGACAUCUACGGUUACGGAGGGCAGCAGAUGAAACAUCAGAGUAUGCCUGCUGUCCGGGCCCCGGAAGUGCAAAAGCGGGAGGUUCUUGCGGAAGCACAAAGCUACAAGCAUGGGAGCAGCUGCCAGAGCAAAGGGCCUCCUAUCAUAAAUCGAAGCGAAGCCGCUACCUAUGACCAAGGCACCAGCAGGACCGAAAAUUAUGGUAAUUUCAAGACGGUUCAGCACAACGGUAUCAGCUUCCACGUGAACGUGAACAAAUCGCCGUCGUACAGCGGAAGUGCAGCCGCUGGUGGUACGACAAUGGGGGAGAAACAGAAAAAGAAAGACAGCGUCACUGUGAACCACACUUACCUCUACGAAAAGCAGAAGCAGCACCUGCAGAACCAGUCGGGAAGCUGCAAUCAUGCAAACUAUCCCGUACCUGCAGGUGGAGCCACCGCGACAACAACUCGUUCUUUGCUGUCCCCGACUACGACACAGGCACAACACCUGAAAAACCUCGGGGCCAUGAUGCAACUAGGGACCGCCCGGAACAACAACAUCUCCGGAAGUCCAGGGGCGGUGGUACUUGCAACGCAUUCCCCUGAUGCCGGAGACACCGUCGCUUCUGCAUCUGGUUUUAAUACUAGUGUUGGCUACUACAAUUCGCAUCACAAACAAGCCCAGCUGUCCCCAACCAUUGCUCUCCAGAAGCAGCUAUGCACUGCAAAAGCAUCGUACUAGUAUGAAUUGCAUUACAAAUUAGGUCAGCAUGAGAGAUGGAAUUUGUCAUGCUGUUUAACCUUGGGAUGGAGAUUUGUAAUGCAUGACUACGAUUACUAUGAGUCCGAUGCUUUUGCGCAGGAUAGCAGCAACUGGUCUACUCACCGAGCCGGCAGAAGUAUCACGACAAAAAAGUGGUGCAGUUACACACUGUGUUACAGGCCUAGUUUGACAGACAACCUAUGUCAUGCCGGAAAUACUUUUGAGCCUCGUUUUAUACGUGUUUUUCCUUAUGAUCUUUGCAUUGCAAGUUUUCUCUCUCAUGCGGAGAAAAUUUGUGUUGCUGAAUUGACAGCAAGUGUGUAACUGUAACACUUUUUGCGUGUGAUAAAAAGCUCUUACAGCACAACCAGGAGGUGCGGAUGGCAUUUGCGAGAAACAACCUCAUAUCAAAUGUAAAAAUGCUUGGGUCUGGAAGAAUGCAACUUGUCAUUCUAAAUCUGGAAUCCAAAAAAAUCUGUAUUGCAUGAGCAGCAAAGGGAGUGUAAUCGUUCCUACGCGGCGAGGGCAUUUGUCAUGCGGAAUAGGCAUCAAGAAGCCUUCAAAAAAUCUGUGAUGCUAGGGCAUGCAUCACAGACAUCAGGGCUCAGGCACGACGUGCAUGACAAAUCCCAGAAUCAUCCAGACCCAGACAUUUUUGCAUUUGAUACCUCAGUCCGCGGGUCGAGCGGGAGGGAAAUUCAAAUCACGCACGACAGCAGCAACAGAAGCAGGCAGUAGAAAAUUAUGACACGACCGGAAAAAAUCGUAAGGAGGAUGAACAGGGGACUGCUGCAGAACAAGGUAGAGAGGAGCGAGGCCCUGCAGAAACAACAUCGCAAGUUCACUUCGUAGAGCGACAGUCUUCUGGCUCCGCAACCACGAGAGUUCUUUCUCCUAGCACUACAAACUCGAAUCAGCUGCAGAAGUCCCACUUCGCUGUCAGUACCGGUUCACCAUACGUGCUGCAGCCGCAUCAGCAACAGCAAUUGCACUUACAGCACCACAACCUACUGCAAAAUCCGUCCCCGACAAUGAUGGUGACGGCGACGCCGUUAUCCUCUGCAAAAGUAUCGUACUCGUAUUGCAAUCAUGCAUUACAAAUCUUUUUGUUGAGGUAGAUCUGCAUAUACAAAUUUCAAUUCUCAUGCUGAGGAAAUUUGUGAUGCAUUUAUACGAGUACGAUAGUUUUGCACUGCAUAGCCGUCGUUGAUCAUGCCACAGGUCAAUACAGCCGCCGGCUUCAGUCCGCACUUGCUUCACCAACAAGUGGCAACAGGACCACCUGGAGGUAAGCAGCAAGCGUCUGCGAGCGGUUAUGCAUUGCAAAUAUGCCUGGGUCUGGAACAAGGAUCCAAACUUGUCAUGCUGUCUUUGGAUUCUAAAAAAAUCUGUAUUGCAUGACCAGCAAGAGGCGCCCAGAUUGUGCUACGCGGAGAGGGCAUUUGUCAUGCAGAUUAGGCAUCACGAAGCCUUCAAAAAAUCUGUGCUGCUAAGUCAUGCACUACAGGCAUAAUGGGUCAUGCAGAAUAUGCAUGAAAAACCUGGCAAUCUUCGAGACCCAGACACCUUUGCAUUUGAUAGCGGAACCAGCAACACAAACUCAAAUGCCACUGGUUCUUCAGCUGCGCCGGGUUUGAAGACGACCAUGUCGCCGUUUUUGUUCUUUCAGCAGGCCAUUGGGAGGAGUUGAGAAGGAAAGCACUUUUAUCAAAUGCAAAAAUGUCUGGGUCUGGAAGAAUGCAAGUUUGUCAUGCUUGUCUGGCAUGACUCGAGAAUCUGCGUUGCAUAGGCACGAAAGAGCCCUCUUAACUGUCAUGCGAAAAGGCAGUUUGCCAUGCGGAAUACGUAAGACACGGCAGUCACAAAAGUUGUCAUGCAUGGCUGCGUAUUGCGGCGCGUCUGUCAUUCGCUUUUAGCAUAUACAAGUUUUCAGACCCAGACACUUUUGGAUUUCAUACACUUUCGAAAUAAAUGAUGAAAAUGCAGAUCGGAGACUGCUUCUGGUGCGGUACGGAUUUUGAUGAAAAAAGAAAAAGGCUAUACCUAUAGCGCUUGCACGACGCUGCAAUUGAUUUCGCGACGAGGACUAUACUGAAGCUGAACUGUCGAUUGUGCGGCGGGCUGGUUCUUGGAAGUUUGAGUUUUACAAAACUUACCAUUUUUGAAUUCGAACGAUUACUAUGGACGUUCGCCACGACUCAGG